AAAAAAAACCAACAAAUAAGUUUGCAUUCUUUUUUUUUUCUCUCUCCUUUUUUUUUUUUGGUUGAUAUGAAUAAACUGCGUCAAGUGUUUUCGUCCAAAGACGCUACAAAAAAGCAACGGUUCUCCAUGUUGCUCUCUAAAAAACAAUCUUCAGAUCCUCCUAUUUCUUCACUCAGUGUGUCUAAUAUAUAUGACAACAAUGACCAUCCUAUUGACCUGUAUCGUCCUCGAUCUGUGCAACCCUCACUCAGUGAUGAUCAUUCCAUCGCAACCACAAACAGCAGCAGUCUCAUGUCUCAUCAAAACAAUAGGUCAUCAGAAGAUAGAAAGCAAGAUGAAAUUCAUUUACAGAUGGGCCUUAAAUACCACGAAAACGGACAAUUAGAAAAAGCAACGUAUUAUUGGCGUCUUUGUGCAGAGAACGGAUAUCCCCUCGGCCUAUUUUUUUAUGGUAUUGCACUUCGACAUGGCUGGGGAUGUAAAAAGAACCCAGCACAAGCUGUGCAGUACUUGCAGACAGCGGCUGAAUCUGCUGUCUAUGAUCUUCAGUCCACAACGGCUGCCUAUACAGUAGCCAAAUCAGAACUCGUGCUGGCCAUUUAUGAAUUGGGUGUCUGUUUUCGGCAUGGUUGGGGUGUGCCCAAGAAUCUGUCUACUGCUACCUAUUAUUUCCAGGUGGCUUCUAACUUGGGUGACCCUGAUGCUCAAAAUGAUUUAGGGUUUUGUUAUAUGCAUGGCUUGGGUAUCAAGAAAGAUGUCUACUUGGCUGCCAGAUACUAUCGAUUGGCUGAACGACAAGGACAAGGUAUUGUCGGUAAUUCUUGGAUCUGGAAAUCCAAAUACGAUCAAAAAAAAAAAGAAAUAACACAUGCAAGCUGGUCUCGUUGUAAAUAAGUUUUAUCUGUAAAAAAUAAUAAUAUUUAUCCAUAGCUGAGUUUCUCUCUUUAUAUUCUGUGAAAAAAUAAAGCAAAAAUCAGAUUCCACAAAUUAAGCAGAGCAUGAGAUACAUAAAUAAUGUCUAUAUUAGGCUAUAAGAAAGAGCAGAGAAUAGAAAAGAGAUACACUGGUAACAGAUAUUA